AGUGGGACCCGCUGGUCCGCUCCUUCAAUCAUCCGCUCCGGGCCGAAGCAGGCAACAUCCGCCUCACCCCCAGCGAAGGAACCGCCUCGCUCCUGGUGACGCGAGGGGGCGGGGAGCGCGUUCAUUGGUCGGCCGACGAAGGCCGGCCACUUCCUGGUGUGGCCAUGGUGACGGGGAUAGCCAGGAAGAACAUUCACAAAGGGAAGCUCAUGGAUCUCACCUUCACAGCCAUUGUCCCACUGCUUCUCGGAAGUGUGGGGCUCUUCACCCUCUUCAGGCUGCUGCAGCGAAUGAGGAUGCGAGCCUACCUCCAGGAUGCAGUAGUGGUGAUCACAGGAGCUACAUCUGGCCUGGGGAAAGAAUGUGCAAAAGCUUUCCAUGCAGCUGGUUCCAGACUGGUGCUCUGUGGCAGAAAUGGUGAGAGAUUGCAGGACCUGGUGCAGCAGCUCUCUGCCAAGGCCAAUAACGCAAAGAAUAUACACAAACCUUUCACUGUGAUCUUUGACCUCUCUGAUACUAAAAUGGUAGUAAGUGCUGCUGAAGAGAUCCUGAAGUGUGUGGGUCAUGUGGACAUACUGAUCAACAAUGCAGGGAUCAGUUACCGAGGAACGAUAUUGGACACAGGGGUGGAUGUGGACAAAAAAGUGAUGGAAACCAACUACUUUGGUCCUAUAGCAUUCACAAAAGCUCUUCUGCCCUCCAUGAUCAAAAGACAACAAGGCCAUAUUGUGGUGAUCAGCAGUGUUCAAGGCAAAAUAAGCAUUCCUUUCAGAUCAGCAUAUGCAGCCUCCAAGCAUGCCACCCAGGCCUUUUUUGACUGCCUGCGAGCAGAGCUGGAACAGUAUGAAAUCGAUGUGACUGUUGUGAGCCCUGGCUACAUUCAGACAAACCUGUCUGUCAAUGCUGUAACUGCAGAUGGAUCUCGCUAUGGAGGGAUACAAAGAAUAUCCAAUAGAAAGGAGGCUGUUAGUUAAGAGGGAAGGAGGAAAAUGAGUUCAGAUUAUUGAACUAUAGCUCCAGCUGAGCUUUGGGGAAUAUGGAAACUAUCCUUGUCUCCCUCAUUUCAGCCAGUCAAUAUGCACCUGGCAUUUACGCAGUCAAGUGGCAGCAAGUGAAACUUGUGAGUGUUCAACAUUGGAACCUCCAUCCAUAACUGAACUAAAAUGUCUAAUAAUGCCUCUGGUGGACCACAUGGUUCAGUGGUGAAGCAAUGGCCUGGGAUCUGGGAGGAUCCCCUCUACUGACCCGAGCUCAGCCAUCACUCCAAACUUGGACUCCCAACAAAGCCAUCUGAAAUUGGUUUAAAAGCAAGAAUCUCACUGACAACAAAACACUGAGCUGAGCUUUCCUGGGGAAAUAACCCUUCAGAAACGAGUGCUUACCUGCUGUGGUCCAUGCUGAUUUCCCUUUGCUCUUUACAGUUAUGGACAAGAACACGAUUGAAGGCAGAACCGCUGCAGAGGUGGCUCAGGUGGUUCUUAAUGCAGUGGGGCAGAAGAAGAAGGAGGUGCUCGUAGCUGGCUUACUGCCUUCCCUGGCUGUUUACCUGCGAACUCUGUCCCCCAGACUCUUCUUCACCUUUAUGGCAUCUAGAGCAAGAAAGGAGAGGAAAACGAAGGACUCUUAGGCAGAGCUCAGCUCCCACAGGCAUUGACUAGGGAAAGGAAAUGAACUCUGGCAUCUUGGCUUUGUCUAUGGAUAUGUUACUUCAAGAAACAAAUUUAAAAGGUUCCAUCUUACCAUUGAGUGCAGAGUUGGAAGUUCCAUGCAGACCACAGGAGGCCCACGGUGCCAGAAAACAGUGCCGUACCAUCACCUAGAGAAGGCUUCCUCUACUACAGGUGAACUGGCUGAAGCUGCAAGGGUUAAUACCUGAGGAGAACCUUUCCCACUCUUCCCACCUCAUUUUGAGUUUUAGUGCUCUCCAUUGAGUAGGAACCAUGCUGGCUAAAGCCAAGCACAGGCAGAUAGAUGUUAGCUUUCCCCACCCAAUGCUCCCAGUGAACUUCAGUCCUUACCCAGAAGCUCUCCAGAACAGAGUCUGCCCCCAAUCUGAUCCAGAAGUUAUCCUUUGGGUUGGAAUGGUCUACUGUGUCCCUAGUACACAGCAUCACUUGAUUUAAGCCAAAAUUAACUGUUCAGUGCUGCUUUUUAAACAGUUUAAAGUGUCAAGGUCCGGUCUGGGAUGACACCAUGGAUAUCUGUACUGGAUGGAGCAUGAGUGACCCAUUAAGCCAUCUAACCUUCAGAUCAGCUUUUGUAUUCACCUUUUCCUAAAGUAGCUCUAGAAAGACGAGCCCUCCACUGCAGCAUUUGGCUGCAGUGCAUGUUGCUGCCAGGUAAGCACUGAACGCCUGUGAAAGGUGGUGGCGGUCGCGGCAGCAGCACCAACAUGAACCUUUGACUGUAAAACACCCAGCAUUGUUCUGCUGCGUGCCUGGAGCAAGGAAUAAGCUGUGACCCCUUUGGUGCCAGGCAACAAGCCUUGUGAUGACAAGGGGUGGGAAGCGAACCUGUAGGUUCAGCUGAUGGAGACAGACCCAUAUGGUUUUACCUGUUUUAAAGCCAUUAUAUAUUAAGUGGGUCCUAUUACCCCAAAGUACAGCGUGGAAGCAGUAUCCUGCUAAACAACUUCAGCACUGAGGCUCCAGGGAGAGGACACUGCAUCUGUCCUCCUCCCAUUUUCUCUGUGUCUAGUGGAGCGUCUCCCCCACAGAGGGAGGCAGGACCCUCAUCCCUUCUCCUGAACACUGGUUACUAGUGGGCAGGUUAGAAUCUGUACCCUACAGGGGCAUAGUGUUGCUCAAUUUUCCACUUGUUCGAUCAGGCAGAAGCGGAGCUGACUCAUUCUUAACUUCCUUAUUUUAAAAAAAAAAGACCCUGAUAGCAGAAACUGAAGAAAAUCCAUCCACACCCAAUCCCUGCACUCAGCUGUUAAGCCCACAUCCUGUGCUUAUUCUGAGUCUCCAUUUCUGCACACUUUACCACUCUUGUGUGUGUCCUGCCUGUAAGUGCACCUCAAAUGAUGGAAAUAAAAGUUGUACUCUGUGUCCCUUCAGGGUUUGAAAUGAAGUGUUUUGUGCUGCAACCCGUGUCAGGCAAGGCAGCUGAAGCUAAUUUGGGGGAAUUUCUGUGCUGUUGCCUUGCCAAGGGGGAGUCAAGAUGAGAUUGUAGCACCAUACACCUCAGUCCCAGCCUCUGCUGGCUUGGGCACAAUCUCACUUGUAGAGUAGCCCUCUCCGGCUUCUAUUCAGGCAAGAGCUAGUUAUUGUGAAGGGCAGCCUUUUGCAAGGGUGAGGGGCUUGGAGGGCCUUCCCCUCAGAAACUCGCUUCAGGUUUUCACCUUAAAGUACUGAAUUGCUUCUGCUCUGUGGUGACCCUCGCCCCUGAAAGCAUUACAUUGCAGAGCUGGUAACGUAGGAUAAACAUUACAACUCCUUGGAUGGCUGACACCACAAGCUUCUUGUGCAAAAUCUCAGAGCUGAAGUUGUAGAUAAUGGAAGCUUUCUGAUUUACUAACUAAAGCUGAAGGAUCUCCCAGCUAAGACUUAAAUCCAAGGCAUUACCAAGUACUGUUGUCCUUAACCUUGGAAGGGGAGCUUCCCUUCUACGAGGGGAACUUGUUUUGUGUUUGCUAGCUUAAGUUUUCAUACCUUCAUACAAUUGAUGUGUUUUGUGUAGUUCUUGGUACAUACCCAGUAUGUCAUUUAACCUGUCUGGAUCCUUGCACUGUUAGUGGAAUAUAGCACUUCUUACUAGUCUUUCCCACCUGCACCAUCUUCAGCCCCUAACAGUGGUUCUAAUAGAGCCUGAAUUGGUAAGUUACCAUUCUAGAUGCCACUUGUGAUCAUCACAAGGCUAGGUACACUCUGCCACAUCACACCAAGGAGGGGGGAAUGUUACCUGAUGACAAAAUAGUUUUAGAACUGCACUGUACAAUGAGAUGAAUGUAUUUACAGCAAAAUCAUUGUAGCAGCCAGCUGGAAUUUUGCACAUUCAUAUUUAUAAAACAUUUUUUCCUCUCCCUCAUGAAGUUUAAGAAGAUACUUAGAGCACCACAUGGCAGCUGAGCAUCUGACCUGCAGGAAUGGUGGCUAGGUAGCAGUAGGGCUGGAGUACUCAUUCUGGGGAGGAGGCUGCCCUGAGGAUCCUAACCCCUGCAGGACAAGAGAACCUCACAUGCAAGGGUUACAAGCUUUACACAAAGGCUAGUGGUAGCUCUUGUAAGCAGGACUGGUGCAGAGCCCUGCUGGGAUGUAGUCUUAAGAGAUGUCUACCUGCAUACCUCAUUCCAUUAUGCAGGUUACUGAACAUGCUUUGCACUUGUUUUUAUCCCCUAACUUCCCUUGGCUGAAUCAUCUCUAUCCCAUCUCAGUUAACUGAAUAAACGAAUCAGGGGGUGGAAACCAAUGCAGCCAUCCUAAACCUCAGCUUCUGUAGUGACUCCUCGCUGUCUUCAUUGUUGAUAAUCCCAUUACAGGCAGAACUGACAGUCUCAGCCCAGGUCACUGCUUCAUUCAUGUCUCACACUGUGGCUUUCAGAUGGCACAGAAUUCACUAGCAGCAUGGGGAUGGUGCUGCACUCUAUCAGAUCAGUUCUGAGGUUAUUAACCUGACACUUGAGGUAGUUCUGGGCUGUUUCUCCCUACACAUACCAUCAUAGAGCAUUUUGUCUUCCCCACACCUACCCCUUCUAUACCAAGAGCUUAAAUCCAAACAUUACUGAUGCUUAGGAGGAACUAAGUACAGGAAGAAUCAAUUUUUAAGCACACCAUCCAGAACCUCCCCCUUCACCUGAGCUGGAUCCUGCCUUCACUGUUUAUGCCUGCACAUUUCUCUUGUGUUUGAAACACUGAAUUCUUCUUGUGAUUAAGGUGCAAUCUCCAUUUUGCUGGGACAAACAUUCAUGGUAGUUGCUGCCUUUCCUUGAUACUGACCUCUAAAAUGUAGAGAUCAAGUGAGGGGUGUUUCCACAUGUCCUCUCAUACCUUAACUGGAGUGACAGCUCUGUUACUGUAAAAAAAAAUGGAACCCAAUUUCUCACUCUAGCAAGUAGGUCCAGCUGUCUGUUCACAUUUCAGCUUGUAAUAACCCCCCCCCCCCUUUGGCCCUUUUUUUAAAAAUCACUAAACCUCAGCUGAUCCAGAUGCACAUAAGGAGAGGCAGGUAGGGUUUAGUUUCAAGUCAUGCUGACCCUUCAUGGGCAAGAGAAGGAGUGACACUGACAGGUACCAGCACAGAGGCUCCUUGGCAGUGAAAGGAAACAAGUGGUCUUGCCAGUCCUCCCUGUCAGGCAGGAAUCUCUGCUUUGUACAGCAUUGCUAAAGGAGCUAGGUGAAGAAAUAUUCCAGCUCCUUUUGCAGUAGCAGAAGUCCAUGCCAGCUAGAUCCCAUCUGCCAAGUGGUACGUUCCAGCUGACUUUGAUUAAGGCAAGACUUGAGAAAUGAGAGAGAGUUGGAAAGCAUAACUCCCAGGUUGGGCACAGACAAAGCAUUUUUUCUUCUCCCCUACCC